AUGGUGCUCGCGCAAGACAUCGAUCUCCUGAACCCGCCCGCCGCGCUCGAGGCGGGCAAGCACAAGCUCAAGCGAUUGGUUCAAUCGCCGAACUCGUUCUUCAUGGACGUCAAGUGCCAGGGUUGCUUCAAUAUCACUACGGUGUUCUCGCACUCUCAAACUGUCGUUCUCUGCGGCUCGUGCUCGGCGGUGCUCUGCCAGCCGACUGGUGGUAAGGCCCGACUCACCGAGGGUUGCUCGUUCCGACGCAAGGGCGAUUAA